CUGUUUAAGAUAUACAACGAUGGUGCAGUGGCGAAGGACGGACGUCUGUCGAUUGGUACUCGAAUUCUGGAGGUGAACAACCGAUCGUUGCUAGGCGUGACGCAGGAGGAAGCCAUAGACGCGCUUGAGCACAGCGAUUCCUAUGUGCAUAUGCUAGUCUGUGACGGACUGAGUACCAACAAUUUUGCUAUCAUGCUUCUCAAUAAGUCUUCCAUGUCCACCUCAGAGCUGAACGAGCGGCGCGUGGAUGAUCGAGCUAUCAGUGGCUCCAAGUCCGAGUUAGUACUGAACUCGAACCGUACCACUGGUCCUGAAUCACCGCCGGCAAGAUCGGCACUUUCGCUGCAUGACCUGGAAAAAUGGGACUCGCUGAAUUCGAACGAAGAGUAUGCGCCGUCUCCCAUACCGACUGACAUGGCCAUGGCAGAAGCGCUGCGAGGUUCGUCGGCGGAUCGGGGUCACCGGCUACUCGAAGAGACUGCCAGUACAAGUCCGAAAAUUGACCGACCAGCGAUCGCGAAAAAGCCGACCGUGCCGCUCAAACCGUCGUUCAUUAAAAAGCCGUUGUAUUCGAACGCGAACAAGGUGCAACAGGAGCUGGACAACGUGCUGCAGUCGCGAAUCCCGUCUCGUCUACAGAACACUGUAAGAAUGCAUCGUUUUUGCUUUUUCACCUGGAACAGAACGAACGUUGAAGAAAUAUUUUUUGGACAUGUCAUUUUGGCCUAA